AUGUAUGUAGUUAGAAAAGACGGCGUGGGUAUGAUCUCAGACCGACAUGAGUCAAUACGGGCAGCAGUAAAUCGUUCCGGUGGCGAUUGGCAACCUCCAAGAGCAUGGUGGAUGUUUUGUAUAAGACACAUCGGCAGUAACUUCUUAAGGGCAUUCAAAGUCCCUCACUUGCAAAAGCUUGUUAUCAACAUAGGGUAUUCAAGAACGGUGGAGGAGUACAAUAUCAACUAUAAGAGGUUGGAAGAGCGAGGCGAGGCAUAUGCCAGGUGGUGCGAUGCCAUUGGACUUAGACAUUGGGUAUUGGCAUUCGACGAGGGACAUCGAUGGGGCCAUAUGACAACGAACCUUGUCGAGUGCAUUAACUCAGUGUUGAAGGGUGCCCGUAAUCUACCUGUGUUGGCGCUGGUCCGAGCAACAUAUUAUAGGUUAAAUGAACUUUUUACGCGGAAGAGUGCCGAGACUCACGAACGUAAGCGUGCUGGAUAUACGUACUCCGCAUUUGCGCAACAGCGGAUAGAAGCAAGUAUGCAACAGGCUGGGAAUAUAGUUGUGCACCGCUUUGAUAGACGAAAUGAGGUGUUUGAGGUGCGCGAAAUGACUACUGGAAAGGUGCUAGUUGUUGAUCUUGCACGACGGACGUGUGACUGUGGGCACUUUCAGGUUGAACGGAUACCAUGUCGCCAUGUUAUUGCUUGCUGUGCUAACAAGCGUCUCGAUUGGCAGUUGUAUGUGCAUGAUGUGUACAAAAUGACGGAGGUUCGUAAAGUAUAUAGGUUUGAGUUCACACCUUUAGGUGAUCCCGAUACAUGGCCUGCUUAUGAGGGACCCACAUUGGUCGCAAAUCCCGCGCAGAGGCAAACGUCUAAAGGCAGGCCCAAACUGACCGGAUACUUGAAUGAAAUGGACUCACGCGACAUGCGUGGUCCUCGGAUAUGCCGUCUCUGUGGUGCUCAGGGUCAUAGUCAGAGUAGGUGUCCUCAGCGUGCUGGACCGAGUGCUGCUGGUUCGUAG